CUGACAGCUUUUGCCCUCUCCCCCUUGCGUGCUCUAUUCAUCGUUUAAAUCCCUACUCCUAUAUACGGAGUAUAUAUACACCACCUCACCACCAAUCAACCCAAUGCAAAUGCCAUUUCUUGCAAUCCAUCGAAUGAUCAUUCGAUCGAUCCAUGCAACAACAUCCUGAUUUGUUUUUCUCCCUUCCCCUUCCCCUGACAUAAGCCGGCCUGGCUGAUUGCGUUGUCUUUUCUUGGCAAUGGAGGUGGAGUCGGCGGCGAGGAGGAUGUGGGGAUACCUGCGGGCGGUGUUCUUCAUGGUGAGGAAAGGGGUGAUCUCCAAGCGGAGGCUGCUGCUCGGCAUGCAGCUCGCCAUGCGGCUCAAGCGCCGGAACCGCGCCGUCGCGCGCUCGGUGGCCAGCCUCCUCUCCCACCACCACGGCGGCGGCGGCGGCGGCGCGCUGCGCCGGCGGCGGGAGUACGAGUUCUCGUGCAGCAACAGCCCCGACGUCGUGCAUGGAGGUGCGGCGUCGAGGCGGCGGCUCGCCUACUUCCCUUGCCUCAGCGCGGAGGACGACGUCGUCGACGCCGGCGCGAGCGCGACGGCGGCAGCGGCGUUGCAGAGGAUCGAGUACUAUGGAUACGCCGCGGCGGCGGCGUCCUCCCCGGCGCCGUCCUCGCCGGGGUUCAUGGUGCGGGAUGAGCUGCUCGCACCGGGGGACGAGUGCAGCACGCCGGGGCUCUCGCCGCUGCUGGGCACCACCGGCGGCUACUCCGUGCGGGUCUCCAACUACUCGUCGGAGGAGGAGGAGGACGGCGACUACGGCCACGCCGACGGCGGCGGCGGCGGCGAGGCCGUGGACGACGAGGCGGAGGAGUUCAUCAGGCGCUUCUACGAGCAGCUGCGCCGCCAGAACCACGUCGCGCUGCUCCCCUACAUGACGGAAUCCGCCCCGUGAUCGGUCGAACGUUCGUCCCGUCCACGCCGCGCCGCGCCGCGUCGCGCCACGCGCGCCCAGAGCACGAACGCCGGCGAGGCCGCGCGCGAGCUCGAUCACGCGGUGGCCCAUCGCCUCGCCGCCAUGGCGCCAUCGAUCAUGUACACAUACGAGUCAUGUAUACGGAGCUUGAAUUACAUGGUGCGUACGUAAUGCGAAGAUCUGAAGGGAGUCCCCAUGGUUUUGGUUGCUGCAGGGACAGAUGUAAAUCUUGUGCAAAUCUUUGUGUAUUUUGAGCUUAUUUGUAAUUUGUAAUGAAAAAUAUUAUGUCAUCUCUCUCGUCUAAUUAAUAUAUGUAAUGUGCAGUAAUUAAUAUA